AUGGCAUGGGUCAAGCUGUUUAAGAAGCCUGGUGCAGCAGGGGGGCUGGGGGGAGCCGGGAUGCCGGGGGGAGGACUGGGGAAGUCGUACCAGCCAGGCUCCAUGCUGUCCCUGGCCCUGACCAAAGGCCUUCUGAACGAACCGGGCCAGAACAGCUGCUUCCUCAACAGUGCCGUACAGGUUCUGUGGCAGCUGGAUGUGUUUAGGAGGAGUCUGAGACAACUCUCCGCCCACUACUGCCUCAGGGACGCAUGUAUCUUUUGCGCUCUGAAGAGUAUCUUUAGUCAGUUUCAGCAGAGUCGUGAGCGAGCGUUGCCGUCGGAUACGCUGCGUCAUGCCCUGGCAGAGACCUUUAAAGACGAGCAGAGGUUUCAGCUUGGGCUCAUGGACGACGCAGCUGAGUGCUUUGAGAACAUUCUAGAGCGGAUCCACAUGCACCUUGUCUCCGACUCCUCUGAGAUCUGCACCGCACGCUCCUGCAUCACUCAUCAGAAAUUCGCCAUGACGCUCUAUGAACAGUUUGUGUGUCGGAGUUGCGGAGCGUCCUCUGAUCCUCUACCGUUCACUGAGCUGGUUCAUUACGUCUCCACAACGGCUCUUUGUCAACAGGUGGAGCGGGUUUUAGAGCGGAGCGAGCGUCUGAGGUCAGAUAUGUUUGGAGAACUGCUGCAGGCAGCAAAUACCAUCGGUGACCUCCGAACCUGCCCGAGUAAGUGUGGCCAGAGUAUUAAGAUUCGUCGCGUUCUGAUGAACUGCCCUGAGAUUGUGACCAUUGGGUUUGUGUGGGACUCUGAGCAGUCCGACCUGACCGAGAACGUCAUUCACUCCCUGGGCUCCCAGCUCAACCUCUCUGGGCUUUUCUAUCGCGUGACGGACGAAAACGCCAAAAAGAGAGACCUUCACCUGGUCGGACUGAUCUGUUACUCUAACCGACACUACUUAGCCUUCGCUUACCACAGCAAGUCUUCCAAAUGGAUCUUCUUCGACGACGCCACCGUUAAAGAGAUUGGCACCAAGUGGAAGGACGUAGCGUCCAAAUGCAUCCGUGGUCAUUUCCAGCCUCUCCUGCUGUUCUAUGCCAACCCAGAGGGCACCGCUGUGUCCAACGAGGACGCCCCCAGACACACCGUUGUCUGGUCCCGAUGUAAACCCCCCCUCAACGGGGAGGGGACUGCUGACGGACAGCUCUCAGGGCCAAUGAGACUGGACAGGGGAAGAGAGACCUCCCUACGGACCAAUCAGGGAUCUCACAGACCGGUGCUGCAGUCAUCUGCCAACAGACUCAAAGGGCUUUCGGGGAGUCCAGGCCGCCUGAGAGAGAGAUCACAGAGAGGGGGAGAGAUGCAGCGAAAGGAAACGGAGAAAAACCAUCAGAGAACAGAGCACAGAGAUGUCACAUAUCCUGGGUCGACUUCCCCCUCUGAGAACGGCCUCAAAUCGCACUCGGAGCAGAGGUCACGUAACCUCCAGGUCAGGGGGUCAUCUCGGCCUCUUCACCCCAGGGGUUCUCCCCAAGAGUCACGCAGGCAUCCCGGCAUUCCCGGCGACGGGGGCAGGCGCCACGACUCUUCCUCCGGCGGCCACCGCGAGCCGGACGCGACGGAGCGGGGGAGGAGCCGGUCGUCAUGGAGACCUGUGAGAGAGGUGUUGAACGUGGACAGAGUUCUGAGCGAGCUGGAGAGGCGGAGGCAGCAGCAGCAGGUGGGCAGCCCACGCUGCGCGCGCUCUGCCGGCCAGGAGAGGGCGCUGUUGGACCGCAAACAGAAAGGACUGAUGACCAUUUAUGAGGAUGAGUCUCGACACGAGACGGAAAGCCGCAGCUCCCAGGAAUCUCAGAAAGGGACGCGGCAAGAGUCGCAGCCCAAAGGGGGCGCUAACGCAUCUGCGCGCAGAGAUAACUGGACCAUCCAGCGCACGGAAUCGGGUUACGAGAGCAGCGAUCGGCUUAGCAGCGGAUCCACUAACCCAGACUCUCCUGGCGUGGAGAAUCUGGCUGGAAAAGAAAUCCGGUCAACGCCAGAGGCUGAGCAUCUGAGGGGCCGGCCCGAGCCCAGGACUGACCCUGGGCGUUCUGCCUCUCUCUACCACAGUAAACAUCUUCUGAAAAAUCAGGCCAAGAACCCAGAGCAGUUGGCAAGAUGCAGUCCAAGUUCAAGGAGAAAGCUGAAGUACGGAGGAUCCUGCAGUUCCAGGAGAGGAAAUAACACAGAGAGGGAUCCGAACGGCACUGAACCGUGGACGGAGCCGCAGGAAGUUCCCGCGAGGACGUGUCACCCUCACCCUGACGCUGGCUCCCUGCGUCACCUCGCCAAGAUCAGCAGCUCCGAGUGCAACAGCUCGGACGAACUGACCAAUCAGCUCUCGGAGCAAGAGGACAGCGCCUACCGCUCGAGCACGAGCGAGACCGCUCUUCCCGAAUCACCCCGCCCCUCACGCGCCGCCUACCCAUUAAAGCCACACCCAGACUCUCCGCUGACCACUCCCCCACCGCACCCCAAACACACCCCCGGCUCAGCCAACGGCAGCCGCCCGCCCCCUUUCCGACCACGCCUCCUCCAGAGUCCCCGCCCCUCCCACAAGAGCACCGCUCCGGCCCACGCCGGAAACACCCACCGCAGGACAGAACCCGCCGGCACGUGGCCAAAGUGCUCGGACGUCAGCUCCAAAUCCGGAUCGGACCACGAGAGGGGCGAUCAGGGGUCCACAGAGGGCGAGGAGAGGUCCCAUGGCUCGGAUCGUUUGGAGCGCCCGUCCACAGAGCCUCAGGGUCCCGCAGUGGCUCUGACCACCUAUUUCUCAGUGGACAACUGCAUGACGGACACCUACAGACUCAAGUAUCACCACCAGAGGCCCCUGGUCUUCUCUCUACCUGACGCAAAGGCAGGAGGCCGCGGGAGUGAGCCCCGGGACCCCGCCCACUCCGCUCACACAGACAGCCACUCCUCAUCUGAACACAGCAAAACCAGGCCUGACACAGGUCACAGCAGCAAUAAGGCCACGGCCAAAUGGAACGCGGUGGUUCCGAAGGGUCUGGACGAGCAUGGCUUUCUCUGAGGCCAACGGUGUGAUGUUGUGUGAUAGGUGAUAUGCAUCAGGCGUUUAUACCGAA